AUGUCCGGCGCGAUCGCAUCGCGCGCGCGCGGCGUGAUCCCGCGUCGCGCGACGAAGGGUUCGACGCCGCGUUCGCGCGCGCGCGCGCGCGCGUCGACGCGGCGGGACGUGUUGAUUGCGUGGCCGCUGCUGUAUGCAGCGCUCAAUCGCAUCGCGGACGCCGAGCGCGUCGAGGCGAGCGAGGGAGGGAAGAAGCGGGUGGUGAUCACGGGGGCGAACUCUGGGAUCGGGCUGAGCGCGGCGACGACGUUGGCGCUGAGCGGGGAGUGGACGGUGGCGCUCGCGUGUCGCACGAAGGAGAAGUCGGAGCAAGCGCGGGCGGAGAUGGUGUCGAGAGGGGUCGCGGAGAGCGACGUCGAGUGCUACGAGUGUGAUUUAGCGGAUUUGGACUCAGUACGCGCGUGCGCUCGAGAAUUACGGAGGAACGGUUCGAUCGACGCGCUGGCGCUGAACGCCGGCGUGGAGUUCAGCGGCGACCCCGUGGUGCAUAGAACCGCGCAGGGCCUCGAGGAGACGGUGGGCGUGAAUCAUCUCGGCCACUUUUUGCUCACGAAUUUAUUACUGGAGGAUCUGGAGCGGAGCGAAUUGGCGCAUCCGCGCAUCGUGGUCACGGCGAGCGAAGUGCACGAUCCCGCGUCGCCGGGCGGUUCCGUCGGCAACGGCGCGACGCUCGGUUCGUUGGAGGGAUUCGAACGCGAUGGUAAACGAUUCGAGAUGGCAGAUGGCGGUAAUUUUGACGCCGACAAGGCGUACAAGGACUCCAAACUGAUGAACAUGUUGUUCACGUACGAGUUGGAGCGUCGACUGCGCGAACGAGGAUCCAAAAUCACCGUCAACGCCUUCGGUCCGGGACUCAUCACGAGAACCGGUUUGUUCCGCCACCAAAAUCCUUUAUUCGUCAAGGUGUUCGAUUUCGCCACGAAUGAGGUGUUCCACGUCGCGGAGACCGUGGAUCGAGGAGGCGACUGCUUGGUGUACAUGCUCGAAGAGCCUUCGCUCGAGGGCGUCGGUGGCGUCUACUUCAACAACGGACUCGCCCCGGGAACGCCUCCGACCGGCCACAAGUUCGAGCGCACGGAUUCCUCCGUAGAAUCUAACAAUCAAGACGAGGCUCGCAAGCUCUGGGUCAUCUCUGAGGAUUUUGUCGGUCUCAAUAGUAACUAG